GCAUUUUUUCACAGCUUGAAUUAUGCCUGACUUGGUACCAUUUUAAAAACACCUUUUUUCAUGCAUUAAUUCAGCCGUUUAAUGUGAUUUGAAUGUGACUAACUACACCUAUUAUUACAUAGUGAAAUCAAUAUAAAUGAAGAGGAUGUGUAAAAGUGAGGUAUGGUCUCCGUGGGGGCAGCUGGCGUUGCAGCCUCCAGCCAGACGAGGCCUGAAAUACGACACUUGCACAGCCUAUGCGGUGGGAGGGGUGGGGGGGCGGCACUGAGGGAGAAGGCAAGGAGACGGCUGGUUCAGCGCAUGAACGCAGGAAAGUGUUGGGCCGAAAUAAAGACAUGAAAGAUCAUGUAAUGCAGCGUGGCAAAUGUGACGAGGUUGUAUUGAGUCAUGGUCCGUGUGGAGGAGACUGGGUGCGGAGACGUUGAGCUUGUGUGUCUUUUGGUCAGAGCGUCCAGGGAGUGGGGAAGGGUGUGAGGGAGCAUGCUCGAAAUAGACUCAGCCAGCUGUGUCCAGGCAGCAGUGACACCUACCGCACUCCAGGGGACAGAAAAAGCAGAGUGGAAAAAGUCUGCCUGAGCAUUACUUUGGUUUGGGACUUUCCCUCCUUUUUUUUUUUUUUUUUCUCUUCUCCCCCGCAUACUACAGCCCUCUCUUCCACAAGGAAAGCAAGAGAGCAGGGCUUUGUUUUCUAAAGCAGCAAAGGAUUGUUCUUCCAGAAACUCUUUUCCCACCAUUCAAGACUUCUAUUGCUGUGGGAAUUUUGCCUGAAACCGGCAAGUUUGGACAAUGAUUUUGGAAGUGGACGUACCGUUUUUUCCCCCCCCCAGACACUGAAGAUCUCUCACCGGUGAAAGCACGUUACCUACCAUCAGAGACGACCUGCAGUGACUCAGCUAAAACCAUCUGACGUCGUCCUGAUCGCCCUGUGGCGGAUUGGGAGGGGCAGGUUGAACAAACACUGACCAGCUAGCACGUGGUGACCUGCUCGUGUUCGUUCUUCUUUUGGGCUGGUACAUGGACCAGUUCUAUUAUCUCGAGUUUUCUUUUUCUCUUUUAGACUAUUGAGCAUCUCUGCUGAGUCCUCGUCUCGACACGGAGCUUCUUCUUUAACUGCUUUCCCUGGACCUUGAUGAGCUUAUGCUUCCUAAAUGGGACAGAGGGAGGAAGAAAUGUGAUGUUUUGCAGUGAACGCCGGGCAGCAGUGCGGUUUCCUGGAUAAGUCUGCAGAAAUAUGGCAACGAGGGGCCUCCUGAGCGCUCCGCCCCAUAUCUCUGGCUAGUGUGAAAUCCAAGCCAGCUAGCAGAGUGUAGAUUGUGCGUGUGUGUUUCCACAUGCGGCGUGCACAAGUGGAUCUAAAGACAUGUUUUUCUUUCUGGAGUCUUUCAUCCUGUUAAAAGUGGAGUUUGAAAGGCCUCUUCCUGAUGUACCUUCAAUGUAAGCAGAGAGGGCGAAAUGAGGUCACCACAUCACCAAAUGGACGAAGAAAUGAGUCGCCAGACUGCCACCGCGCUGCCCACAGGAACCUCCAAGUGCCCCCCCUCCCAGCGCGUGCCCACCCUGUCAGGCACCACAGCUUCCAACAGUGACCUGGCGAGCCUGUUUGAGUGUCCUGUCUGCUUUGACUAUGUCCUACCCCCCAUCCUGCAGUGCCAGUCCGGACAUCUGGUAUGCUCCAACUGCCGGCCCAAACUCACCUGCUGCCCCACCUGCCGAGGCCCCCUGGGCUCCAUCAGGAACCUCGCCAUGGAAAAGGUGGCCAACUCUGUCCUCUUCCCCUGCAAGUACGCCUCGUCGGGCUGUGAGGUCACCCUGCCCCACACAGACAAGACGGAGCACGAGGAGCUCUGCGAGUUCCGGCCGUACUCCUGCCCGUGCCCCGGCGCCUCCUGCAAGUGGCAGGGCUCCCUGGACGCCGUCAUGCCUCACCUGAUGCACCAGCACAAGUCCAUCACCACGCUGCAGGGGGAGGACAUAGUCUUUCUGGCCACGGACAUCAACCUGCCGGGCGCCGUGGACUGGGUAAUGAUGCAGUCGUGCUUUGGCUUCCACUUCAUGCUGGUGCUGGAGAAGCAGGAGAAGUACGACGGCCACCAGCAGUUCUUUGCCAUCGUGCAGCUCAUCGGGACUCGCAAGCAGGCCGAGAACUUUGCCUACCGGCUGGAGCUCAACGGGCACCGGCGCCGCCUGACCUGGGAGGCCACGCCGCGCUCCAUCCACGAGGGCAUCGCCACCGCCAUCAUGAACAGCGACUGCCUGGUGUUCGACACGUCCAUCGCACAGCUGUUUGCGGAGAACGGCAACCUGGGCAUCAACGUCACCAUCUCCAUGUGCUAAGAGCUUUCAAGAGAAGAAGGAUCCUAAAGUUAGGUUGUCAGGGGGCAUAUAUAUAUUUUUUGUUUUAAAAUGGGUCAAUUUGGUUGUGACCUCGCUGUGCCCCCUAACCCCUUCCCACCCCACCCCCCCCCC